AGGGCGCUACCUGCUUCAGUUAUCCACAGAUCAACACAAAUUCCAGCUCAAGAUAAACCAAGAGCUGGGGUUUGACUCACAAGACAUCAAAUCAGUUGAUCCUCCACCAUUUGCUGACAUAGAAUUUGCCGAUGCUGACGACUGUGAAGAAGAAUCUCUCAGUAUUGAAAAUUCUGAAAUGAAUACAUCAAUUCCUAGUUAUGAUUUCCAACCAGAAUCAUACGGAGUUCCAGCACCGAUGUGCUAAAAUUUCCCCCAACCCCCCAUCUCCUCCCCCUUUAAUUCCUUCCUCACCAAUAACCAGCCCAGGCACCACCACUAGCACAUCUGUCUGUGAUAUUUCUCCUGAAAAAGGAAUCUGUGUCUAUGACAGUCGUGAUAAUGGUGGUGCCAAAAACAGAAAGUUCAAAGAAGUCAUUCUACAGAAAGAUCUUUAUGGUAGUAUUGGCAUAGAUCUCACCAAUGAGAGUAUGAAGGACAGUGUUGAUGCCGGAGAAAUCUUUGUGCAUUCUAUCCAGCCGAAAGGUCCUGCUGAUUGUGAUGGACAGUUGCAAUGUAACGACCAAAUUCUUGCUGUUGAUGGAAUCCCUGUAAAGGGUCUUAGCUGUAAAGGUGUCCUUAAUAGGAUACGGCAAAAUGAACAGCCAACUGUGAAAUUGUUGCUGUUCCAGAGAUCUCAGACAUCUCCAGUAAAAGACCACACUUCUCCGACUUCAAGCGUCUCCAAUGUUAAAUUACCAGCAAGUUCUUCCUGUCUCAAACUUAGCAUAAAACCAUCUCGGGCUCUGUCGAGUAGCACCAAUGGUUUGGAUUCUACAAAAGAUCUUAAACCCAAAUCUUCUGUGACUAAAUCCUACUUUGAUCACUCUUACAUUCCGGAACAUCAUGUCUCAACUCCCAACAUCUUUAAUUCCAUUUACCAAACUGAAGACGAGUUCAUCCUCCCUGAUACAAACCAUACUACUUCAGUAGAACUUACAGAUAAACCACAAGAGGAUUCUAAAGACAAGUUUGCAAAUGGAAUAAAGCAGACCCUGUUUCCUACAAGACCUUCCCAAGUCCUUACAAAGAAAAUACCUUCAAUGAAAGAUGUUUAUUUGAAGAAAGUUGAAUCCUCAAACAACGCAGAAAUGCCUGCAUCUCUGGCAUCUCUGUUUACCAGACCUGACGAGCUGUUUACCAAUUUAGGAACCACAGACUUGCCUGAAAGACAUUCGGAAAACUGGACGUUGUUGAGCAAAAACAGUUGGAAUUUUAAGGAUCAAAGACCAAAUGAGAAAUUCUUUGAAUGUGUUUUAACCAAAAUCCAAGGAUCUCUUGGAUUAAACAUUAUUGGUGGUAUUGAUACAAAAACAGAUUUAGGUGGUGUUUAUGUGAAAUCAUUACAACCAGGAGGAGCUGCUCAACAAAAUGGCACUAUCCAAAAAAAUGAUCGUAUUUUGUGUAUAAAUGAUGUCAGCUUGCAAGACAAAUACCAUCAGCAGGCCGUGAGCAUUCUCCACGAUGCAACUGAAAGAUGCAUCCUCGUUUUGGGUCGAAUUGUUGAAGAUGAUUCACAUGGAAACACCACUAGUGAGAGCCUGGAAAGCAGUGUAGCACCUGUGAAAUAUGGUUACUGUGGAAAUGUUCCACAACCUAAGGUUGGCACUGAAUUGGACCCCAACAAAACAAAGCCUCUUCCAAACCCCACCUCAACAACCCCCAUAUUGACUUCCCCCCCUCAAACUGCAACUAUGGCAAAGACAACAGAAGAAUGUCAACUGAAUUCAACUCAAGAGUUUAUUUCUAAGAAGGAAUCACCUGAAACCUUCUGUGAUUUACCAGAAACUUAUGUUAGUGGAACAAGAGACAACAAAGUAUUACAAGAAUCCCCUUCAUUAAAGGAAGAAAGCAACUCAUCAGCAACUUGUGAAGAUCACAAGAAAUGCUGCCAAGAUAAAUAUAUUUAUUUUCCAGACAGAAAUAAUGGUGCAACUAUAAAUAAAACAGUAACUCCCAAGGGUUCUACAAAGGACCCCACACUUUCUGAUAGAAUCAACAAAGAACUCGUUAAGGUACCUGACAGUGUCACCGAUGAAAAACUGGGUUUCGAUGAGAAAAACACUUCCAAGGAUAAAUGUCCAAAAACUGAAGAAGAAUGCAAUAUUUUGGCUCCCAAUGGCUACAUAUCAGACUCCCCAAAUGGAAGAAUUGAAGUCAAAAGCAACUUUCAUUCUACAUUAUCUGAAGAUUGUGGCCAAUUUUCUUUGAGUCAGGAAAAAAAAUUUGUGUGUAAGUCAAAAAUACACGAAGCAACCUUGGUGAACACAGAAGCCAGUGAGACUCUAUCGGAGAGUGUGUCGGAGACUAACAUGUCUGAGUCGAUGGACCAUAAACUUGGUUUCACUUCAGAGGAAUCCCUUGAAGGAAACUCAGACACCAUGACUGCUGGUGUCAGCAGUACGAGUAAAACCACUACAAAACAGCAAUGUCUGACACAAAUGUGUGAAAUGGCUGAGAAGAACAAAGUAUUCCAAGUGAGAUUAAAAAAGUCAGAAUCUGGAAAUUAUGGUUUCAGUCUGGUGCCAGCUUUCCACCACAAUAACUAUAGCAGACUUUUUAUUAAAGCAAUAUCAGAAAAUGGUGCAGCAGCACAAGAUGGAAAUCUUCGUGUUGGUGACUACCUUUUGCAGGUUAAUGGUAUAUGUGUGAUAGGGUUUAAUGUGAAAAAAGUUGUCAGUCUUCUGAAGAAACAGUCUGCUGCUACACUCACCUUAACGGUGCAUAGAUCGAAGUGUAGUGAAGACUGUUACCUGAAAGAAUUGGUAAAACCUGUGAAAAACACACCUGUGGAAUCUUCUUCCAAUAUUGGUAACUGUUCCUCUGAUGAUAAAACAGAAGUUCUACAAGAAAAUCUAAAUGUGAAUCCCAGACAACAAUGCCUGGGUUCAUUAAAGAAUGGAUGUCAAAUCAAUCAUCAGAAUACCAUUAAAGACCAGUUGGAUAAACUGACAGAUGAUUUGAACUGGUUGUGGCAGAUACCACUGGUCAAAGUAGCUCAGAGAGUGGACAGUAAAGUGUUGCUGGAAACACAAAUUUAUUUGAUUGAAGCUUUGGAAAACAACAAUUAUAAAACUGAGUUCCAGUCCUUGAAACAAGUUAAACCUUCCAACAGCGCUUCCAAAGUUGCUCACUUAGAACAGAACCAAAGUAAAAAUCGAUUCCACAAUAUUGUACCAUGUACCAUAUCAAGAUCAUUGAGAAGUACAGUCACCCACACUUUGAUAUUCAAAAGUUGACCAUCUCAGACACAAAUGGAACCACCAAAGACCAUCAAAUAAUUCAUUUGGUUUACAGAUGUUGGCCUUACAACAUUAACGACUUGGAUAUUGAUUCAUUCCUGCAGUUCAACAUAUUUGAUAUUGUCAGCGACUUGCGUCUCCAGAGACCACAGAUGAUUGAAACAGAGGAUCAGUAUCGUAUUUGCUACCAGGCAUCACUGAGAGCUGUUCAGAAACUGUUUUGAUGUGGUACAAUCCAGACGCUGGUCACGUAAUAAAACUUCUCCCUCGCAGGUUAACUGGACCUGAUGUACUUUCUCAUACAGAGAAAUUCUUCUUUAGAAGCUAAGAAGACUUGAGAUAUUUCUUUAGUAUUGAGAAUCUCUCCCUUGCGGGUUUAAAUGAAACCUGAUGUAUUUACUAAGUACGAAUGUCUUUAGAGACAGUCUCACUCACAGGUUAACAAGACCUGGAGUAAUUCAUGCAUAGAGGGGAAGUCUUGUCUGGGAGUUCUCAAUCACUGAUAAACUCCCUACGAAAGACUCCCCCUUGUCGCCUCAAUAAACCAGAUUCAUAUCUGGUAUGUAAAGAAAUUCCUACAGGUUAACUAAGGUUUUGAAAAAUAUAUUUUAAGUUUAUUUUUUUUCUUAAUUUGACCAAAUCCCAUAUGAAAUAUUUACAAAUACUUGUAUCAUUUAGAAACAAAAACAAUUCACAGUAGUUGACUUUUGUUACUUCAGAUUAAAGUUUAUAAGGUCUGAAAAUAUUUAUUUUUACUGCAGUCAACCUACAGACUUUCUACCAUAAAAUAUUAAACUGCGUAGUUUCUCAUAAUAGAUGUUACUCAACUUUAGUUAUUUUGAAAUAUUUCACAGUUUAGUGUGUUUACUGUUUGACAGUGUGGCACUAUAGCAUUCUCAGAACUGUCCAAUUCUAGAUUUUGUUACCAAAAGUCAGAAGAAUCAUUUAUGGAACAACAAGUUGGAACACUAUUUGGCCUUGACAUGUUGGUUAGACAGUCCAGGGAAUGCAUUCUGUUGCAUGAACUUUUUAUAUAUAUACAUAUAUACAUUUUAAAUAUUAUCUAUUCCUGAUGUCAGUCUUCAUUUUCUGUUUGUAAGAACACAAAUUAUAGUUUACAAAUAUUAUAAUAUUUUUCUAUCUUGAUAGGAAACAAUUUGCACAAUUAUAUUUAGGUUUUUACCAGCAUUUGAUGAUGGUUUUUGAUUCCCAUUCCUUAUUUUAUGUUAAAUUCGUUGUUGUAUAUUCUCAUGAAUAUUUCAAACCACUUAAAUUAACAAAGUCCUCCAAUGUUUACCUAAAUACACCAAACAUUGCAUCCACUUUCGGUUAAAAAUUACAUUGAUGCUCAGUGUUUCGGUUAAAGUUGGGAAAACGUUUAACCAGCAUCCUACUUUCGUCAAUACAUUUUUUUCCUGUUUGCUCUCCAAUUCAGGGAUAACCUUAAAAAUACUGAGUGAACAAAUAAGAAGUGAUCACAGCUAAAUUCUAUUUUUGGCACCAGAUGACCACCCCUUCUAAAUCUAUCACAUGAUUAAGAUUUUUCUUUUUUUUUAGGAACUGUUUAUUGGUUGUGAUUUUUGUUACAAAUUGCAAAACAUAUUCAAAGGUUCUAUUAAUGUUACUGCUUGCCACUAAUCAGCUUUUCUCAGAACAAAAGCCCAACUGUGUUUGGUUGUGAUGAAUACAAGGUUGUGCAGUUGAGACUUUGGAAACUGGAAAUUUCCAUUCUGUUAAGAUCUACCAUUUUCAUCUGUUGAAUAAGAUGAACCAAUAGUUUUUCUGGUUUUUAGUGCUACUAGAAAGGAAUUUUAAAAUUGUUCUAACAUUGAUCAAAUCUGUUCUUGAAUAUUUUAGGGUCUCUUUAACUUUAUUUGGUAAUUGAUUCCAGUUUUUUAUUGUGUGGUAAAUGUGUUAUUUGGUAGUCAGCAGCAUUCUGUUAUGUCUGAAGGAAUUAGUGUCUGAGAUUAUGGCAGAAACUAUGUGUCUCAACUAGUAUUCACAUCAUGGAAGUACUAUUAGUUGAGACUGGGUCAAGGAAUGACACAGUUACAGAAAGAAGUAGAUUGGAGUAGCUUGUUAAAGGGACAUGUCUACUUGGAAUAUUGUUGUACUUUGAACAUCAUACUGUUGUCAUUUGACUUACAACAUGGGGCAACAUUCCACAUGUUAUUCAUGCAUUAAAUGCAACAAGUCGAACAACUUGCAUUGAAUGAUUGACCAAGUGAUGGUGUUAUCACUUUGUCCUUGUUCAGCUCUGGUGAUAACACUUCACAACACUUCCUGAUAUCUUUCCAAUGUAUAUCAAUUGUUAAGAUAUCAGGAAUAAUUUCAUAGAGAUUUCUAAAUAAUAACCAUUGCAAAAUCUCUUUGAACCAAAAACUCAUACAUCCAGACUAAAAUCACUGCCAUUUCAGUUGCUGUCUGACUUCUACAUCUCACUCACUUCUUUCACAUAAAAAGUUACAAAAGUUUUUAAAUUGGUUGAAUUUUUUCCCUUCCUUACACUUUGAGUUCUUUGUAAUUUUUGCCCUGGUUUUGUAGGUUUGUCUGUUAUCUUUUCCAUCAGAAAGAUGCUCCAUCCCAGACCUUUCUAAUUCCAGUGUCUUUUGUGUUUCAUGGCACAUCACAGCUAAUUGUAACUUGGAUUGUGUUUAAAAUAAUUUGGUAAAAACUAUUGGGGUAAAACAAACAAAACAAGUAAAACCAAAAGCUCCAGGCUGACCUUGAAAACUAAUUGUUAUUUGUUUAACGAUUCUUCCCUAAAAUUCUGGUAAAAACUUAUAAAAGUGCAAUUUGUUUCCUUCCAGAUUACUAGUGCUCAAAUUAACAGAACAUGUGUGGCAGUCAUUAAAACCAUGAUGUGUUCUAUAAGGUCAUCUUUGGACUUUGUAACACACAUCUGUUGCUGACAGGAGGGCAGAUAAGUUGAAGCACUUACAUUUGUGCAACUCUGCUUAUCUCUGAAUACUGGAAUGGUAAAUGCUAACCAGUUGCAGUCAUAGAGGAAUGAGACCGUUUCCAUUUCUAAACUGUUAUAUUUCUUAAUAUUGUAGUUGAUUGUUGAGGGUGGCCAUGUAGAAAUAACCAGACGAGUAAAUUUAACUGAAAAUCUGGUGUGUACAUAGAAAUAUUUCUACUUUCCACCAAUGUUGGUUCCCAAUAUAUUCCAGGAACAAUGAGAAAUAUCUAUAAUUUGUAAAAAAUAAUUUAGUAGAAGACACAAUUUAUGCAGUUUUACAUUGAUGUUAUAAAUCUGUUUGUUCACAUGUUAAAAAAGGUCAAAACUUUCUGAGAAUAAAAAAUAAACUUAAAGAAAAAAAAUUGCAAAAAAAAUUGCAAAAUAGAAUUUAAAAAAACACCAAAAAAACAGUUUUAGAAAAAAAUCUUUGUCUUUGUUUUUCUUUCCAUAUUUUGAAAAUUCUAUUUUGUGGUUGUGCAUUUUUUUUUUCUCUAAAGAGAAUCAUUAAAGGUGAGACUCUUUAGUCUUCGUAUAUCUGGUCACAAACAAAAAAAUCAGCCAAGACGAAUGCAUUCGUUCCUGUAGAAGUGAAAUGGUCAAAUAAAUCAGGAUUCUACAAGCAUUUUUAUUGCCUCUCCCAUCUUAUUUUCCCUGGCCUCAGUUCACCAGACUCUCAAGGAGGAGAACCAUGUAAUGGUCAAGUUGAUUGACUUUUAUUGCAUUUUAAUUUUUUUCUUUUUCUGGUUAAAAUCUAAUUAAAGGAACCCAACAAAAACAAGACUUCAACAUGUAACGAAUAUGGGCAUAACCAAGUAAGGAAGGCAUCAGAAAAGUCAGAGAUAUAGAAUCUCUACUUGUAGGGAAUGUGGAAAAGAAUGUAUGUUAGGAAGUGAAUAGAAACAUCAAAACAAUAUUGUAACACCUACUGCAAGUGGUGUCCAUCAUUGUCACACCUCUACAAAAGAGUAUUUGUCCUUUGUAGGAUUAAAUCUAAAUAAAAAAAAAUUGCAAUU